ACGCAUCCUGCGGUCCUGGCUCCGUGGGUCGGGUCGGAUCGGGCCUGGGCGCUGGAGCUGCUGUGGCUCCCGCCGCGGCGGGUGCGAUGGAGGCGGUGCCAGAACCCAGCACUCACGCCGGGGAGGCCCAGACAGCGGACGGUGCUAGUAGAUGAAGCGGCGGCGGCAGCAGCAGGGGCUCUCCAUGAGCAAGCGGCGGCGGCGACGGGUGCGGCGGCACCGACGGUUUUCGGUCCCCGGGGAGGAUGAAGACACUGUAUGAAGAGAUCAAAGCAUCAAUUAAAAAUAACUAUAACCAAGACCGCUCAUUUUGGAGGCCUGUUCUUCCUUGGGGAGGUGUUUUUACUAUCAAAGCUGGCCGCAAAGCAGUGUCCUGUACACCACUCUACGUUGAAAUAAGACUGAAAAAUACCUGCACCAUAGAUGGAUUCUUGAUGUUAUUAUAUGUCAUUCUUAAUGAAAAUGAAAAUUUCCCCAGGGAACUCUCUCUUCAUUUAGGUAGAGAGUUUGUAGACUGUUUCCUUUAUUUAAUGGACACCUACAGUUUCACAACUGUGAAGCUACUUUGGAUUUGGGACAAGAUGGAAAAACAGCAAUACAAAUCUGAAGUUCAUAAGGCUUCAUUAAUCAUUGAUCUAUUUGGGAAUGAGCAUGAUAAUUUUACAAAAAAUCUCGAAAAUCUCAUGUCUACCACGCAAGAGAGUUAUUGUUCCAACUGGCGAUGCCCAACUCGAGUGCAGGAAGAUCAGCAACGCACAAUUAAUAUAAAUCCUCCCCAAGAAAUUCCUCAUGGAAACUUGAUACGACUGGCUGUGGAUGAGUUAUUCUGUUCCAGGAUUGAACUGUGUGAAGAGAGUGGGUGUGGUGGCUUAAGAGAAUUUUCCCAGCGAGUUUUCUGCCAUGGGGCACCCCCUUUUGUUGUCUUAAAUAUGCAGCAUUGGAAAUCUGAAGAUCUGGCAUAUGUACCAUAUUACUUGGAUUUAUCUGAUCACAAGUAUUUGUUGGAAGGUGCCACAUUAUUUAACAAAGAGGAACAUCAUUAUUCUGCAGCUUUCCAAAUUGAUGGACAUUGGAUGCACUAUGAUGGCCUCAGAAAUGUGAAUUUAAUUUUGUUAAAUAAACCCCCAGAGUUUCUCCUCUUGUCAUCAUUGGUUUAUAUUCGAGCAACAGAGAAAUAAAUAUAGACUGAUGCUAAAUUAAAUUCUUUUCCCUCCUACCCAUGCUCCCCCAGAUGAAGGGCUUUUAUUUUGUAUAUACUUGGUAUCCAAGGAAAUAGUUGAACUAUACUAGUUUCAGAGGUGUAUUUUCCAGUGUUUAGCCCCAGGUAAAUAUUAUAUAUAGACAAUCUAUGCAAAAAUAUUUGUAUUUCUUUUUUCUAUGUCCUGGGUUAUUUUUAUAUAAGCAUACUUUAUGUUGAAAUAAAAUAUAUCUUGU